AUGAUCUACCUAACAAGCCUCAUCAUCUACCGCCUCUUCCUACACCCACUACACCGAUUCCCCGGCCCCAGGCUCGCCGCCAUCACCCACCUCUACGAAUUCUACUACGACUUCAUCCACGACCACCAGUUCAUCUUCGAGAUUGAGAGGAUGCACAAGGAAUACGGCCCGAUCAUCCGCAUCAACCCGCGCGAACUCCACAUCGCCGACCCCACCUUCUACGACCAGAUCUACGCGACAGGGCCGCACGUCCGCGACAAAGACCCAGAGUUCGUGCGCCUGUUCGCGAUACCGCACUCGCUCCUGGCGACCGUCCCGCACGAACUGCACGCGCGCCGCUACCGCGUGAUGCGCAACUACUUCGCGCGGCGCACCAUCGCCAACCGCGAGCCGGCUCUCCGCGCCGGCAUCACCAAGCUGCUGCGGCGGUUCCAACAGGCCGCCCAGGCCCGCACCACCACCGGGGACGACGACAACGGCGUCAUUGUGCUGAACAACGCCUUCACCGCCAUGACCGGCGACAUCAUCACGCGCUACGCCUAUGGCCGUGACUACGGCUACCUGGACGCGCCCGACUACCGCACGAAGUGGAAGACGGCGGUGAACGGCUCCACCUCCGCGGGCCACUUUUUCCGGCAUUUCCCUGUGCUGGACGUGUAUAAGCUGCUACCGCGCGGGGUGGUGCGGUGGGUUGGUCCCGGCGGGGUAGGGGAGAUCUUCUACAUUGAGGGCUUGGUGAGGGAUCAGGUUCGGAGGCUGUUAGGGUCGGCGCCGGCGGUGGGGGUCAAGAACAGGAGCAAGGAGAGCGCGGAGAAAGAACAGGUGGAAGGGACGAUCUUCGAGGCGCUGAUUGACCCCUCCGUCCCGAAGGAGGAGAGGACCGAGGAUCGGUUGACCGAUCAGGGCCAUAUGUUGCUCGUGGCGGGGACGGAGACUACCGCCAAUGCCCUGACGCACAUUGCCUUCCAUCUGUUGGAUAAUCGGGAGAUUCUGGGGCGGUUGAGGGAGGAGCUUACGGCGGCGAUGCCGCGGCUGGAGGAUACGCUGUCGUGGAAUCAGUUGGAGAAGUUGCCGGUUUUGAACGGGGUGGUGCAGGAAGGCCUUCGAUUGAGCCUGGGCACUGCGUCAAGACUCCCGCGCAUUGCGCCGCAGGAGAACUCCACUUCGAGGACUGGGUCAUACCUGCUGGGGUGGACCCCAGUGAGCACCGCCACGUACUUCAUGAACAUGAACCCUUGCAUCUUCCCGGACCCGGAGAAAUUCGACCCCCAGCGCUGGAUCACGGCUGCGGAGACUGGAGAGCGGUUGGACAGAUAUAUGGUCUCUUUCACGAAGGGGAGCAGAAGUUGCUUAGGGAUGCACUUUGCGCUGGCCGAAUUGUAUCUCACCACCGCGACGCUCUUCCGGCAGUUGGAUAUGGAGCUCUAUCAGACUACCAUUGAAGACUGCAAAUUUGCCCGGGACUGUCUUUUCCCGGCUGCCAAAAAAGGUUCCCCGGGGGUGAGGGUGGUGAUCAAGGGUACUCUGGAGGAGUAA